GAGUUCCAUAAUAGGUACCCAGAUCCGAUUAGCUCAUGACGAGUAGAGAAGGACGUGGUUUAUUUACUUGUGAUUUACAUUUCAAAUCAUAUUAAUACGAAUCAGGCAAAAUAUAUAGAACUUGAAAAUCAGUAUGGCAUGUGAACAAGAGGAAAACCUAUGUGAACAGGAUCAAUACGAUGCUGCUAACAUUGAAACCGGAUCACAAGAAACAUGUGUUGUUUCUAACCGAACAAUCAUCACCAGUUCUACAAGAUUUUUGCAAAUUAGCUUUGGAUUAUCUACAAAAAGGUCCGAAUGUUAAAAUGUAUAAUGCUGCUGCUCAAAAGUUGAACGUUGAGUUGGAUGUGAUAGAAAAUUCAGUUAAGGGUUUGGUUAACCUUUUGCUGGAAAGCUGUAAGCACAAGUUGAAUGCGGAAGAUUUCCGGGAUUCUGUCAUUGCUUUAGGUUUCACAGAAGAGAAGGAGGCAAUACUAAGCAAACUUUAUGAUGUCAAAAAAGAUGAAGUUACAGAUACACUUGAAGAAAUUGGAUUUCAACUGCCUAAGUAUCACGACAUGGAAUGGAGAUUUGAAGUUCAAACUGCCUCUAGGUGCCUUCUGAAGCAAGUUGCACCACUCGUUACCCUGGAUCUAUCAUUAAAAAAUCCCAACAAUUCAGAUGAGAUAGAACAUGUUUUGUUACAAACAGAUCCUACCAACUUACUCCACAUAACUCAACAGUUGGAAGAGGCUUUACAAGAGAGUCGUAGCCAACAUAUUCGGAGGAUAUCCAAAGCAAUAAAAUAAGCAGAGAUUUUUUGUGAUUUCAUAUAUAUAAUUAUGA